AUGGAGCUCAAUGACUCCUUUUUUGAAUCUGCUCUGGUCUGGGUGCGUCUCCCUGGUUUAUCGCUUGAAUUUUGGUUGGAGGACAUGUUUUCAGGCAUUGCUAAAUCCUUCAAGGAGCUUGUGGCUAUAGAUUCUAUGACAGCAGCGCAAACAAGACUGGUGUAUGCGAGGAUAUGCAUUAAUAUCUCACAGAACAUGAACCUUCCUAGCUCUAUCGAAAUAAAUUCCAAGCUAGGUAAGUGGGAAAAAGUCAUAGAGUUUGAAUCCCUCCCUUUCGUGUGCUUUUCAUGUAAGAAAGCUAGACAUUGGGCAAAGCCUUGUCCUAGUAACCCAAAGAAUGCUCAGAAGAACAAUAAUCAUGUUAAACAGAUUUGGAAAGAGAAGCUGAACAAAAAUGAGGAGGGUAGAUCAGAAGGAGGAACUGGAUUCCCUAGUAACUCAAAAGAUAUAACAAGGGAUGAAAGGAAAGAUAGUCAUUCCAAGGAGAGUCCUCAGAAGGAAAUUAGAAAGGAUGAAGAGAAUGAUAAAGUUAAGGCCAAUAAGGAUUAUCCCCUUGUGGAGAGUGCCCAUAUCUCUAAGGAUGAUGAUAGUUCUAAGUUUGAUGAGGAUUCUACCAAUCCUCCCCCUAAAAAGAAAUUGAGGGUUGAUAAGAAAGUUGAAGAAGAUGCUGAAGAGACAGCUGAUCCUAAGCAGGAGCAAGAGAAGGAGGUGGAGAAGGAGGCGAAGCAUGAGUAG